GCAUUCCGCCAUUUUGCUUGCAAGUGGACCAGCCAGCUCGCGAUAAAUAGACGACAUGUUUGCUUAGCCGAAGUAGGACAUUCCACGAGGCCUUCACGGACGUCACUGAACAGUGCUGCAUAAAUGAUAAAAAUGGCGGUAUUUCGAGCAUGGUUUGGAAGUGGAUUAGAUCAGGAUUAUGACGACUCCAUCAACGGCUGGACAGUCCUUCUUUUCGCCGUGUGUUCUGUCGGAUCAUUCGCCUUGCGUUACAUCACUACACCCAUCAGUUGUUGGUGCCCAGCUCAAUUCGAAGGCUCUAUGAUCUCGUACACACAGGAAUCAUGUUUUCAGAAGGAUAUGUAUAAUAGCCAACCAGUAUUUGAUAAUUAUGAGGACGAAACAAAACCUCCCUCUGUCCCCUCGUUCCACCUCUGGAUACCCCUGAUACUCUUCCUCCAAACACUCGCUUUCAAAGUACCAAACAUCAUUUGGAACAGCAGCAAGCAUUUGUUAACUGUAAAUAUGGACGAAACUUUUGAGUCUCUGAAAAGUGUACAACUGACCGAUCCGGAGAACCGCCAGGCCAUUUUCAGUGAUGCAGCCCGAGUAUUUGGAAGUCUUCUGAGAAGAAAUCGAUUCGUUCUAGCUCUUUUGUAUCUAUUUGUGAAGAUCCUCUCAUGUGUCAAUCUCUUAGCACAGUUUAUGUUCCUGACGAUAUACUUCAGACAAUACCUGGCAAUCAGGGUAGGGUCCUAUGCUGGUUUGGAUAUGGACUCCAUCAUAAAACCAUUGCUUGUAAAAGAUAUUUAUUGCGAUUUUCAAAUUGUCGGGAUUAGCACCCAUAUAUUUACAGUUCCGUGUACUCUGCCAAUCACCAAAAUCUAUGAGAAGAUGUUCAUAUUCCUAUGGUACUGGGUCUUCCUUCUGGCUGUCAUCACAAUCCUUAAUCUCGUCCUGUGGGCAGGAUUUCUCUUCCUACCGUUCCUAAGAGAUGGCAGGAUAGCUGCCCAUAUCAACGCUGCCAAAGGAUCUCGCCCUGACGAAACUGCUGUAACACGUUUCAUCAGCAGUUUCCUCGGAAUCGAUGGGGUGCUUCUCUUGUCCAUGAUCUCCCGGAAUUCCAGCGAAUUAGUUGCAGCAAAUCUCACCCAACAUUUGUACCAGGUGUUUCAGGAGAAAGAAGAGGAAUUUCAAAUUCAACGAGACCUCUACGGAGAAGAACCUGGGAGUGACGCUAUCGAAACUGGAAAAAAACAGGAACUGUAGUGGCUUUACCAUUGUGUGAUCUACCCUCUGAUGCCAAAAAUCCGGAGAAAACGCCUAUUAUGUGAUAGCAGAACUGAUGUAUCGUGCAUUGAAUUUGUUUACUCGAAAAGGGGUUGUAUUAGUGGAUGAUAUUAUAUCUCAUGGCUAUUAUAUCUCUUCCUGUUAGUUAUAUGUGAUAACAUAGACAUUUUCGUAAUAUCAAUGUCAGUCCUUGUGUAAAAAGAGCAUUUCAGAAUGCCUCAAUGGAACUUUGGAUUAAUUAAAAAUAGGUACAUGGACGACGAUGUCUUUGUUCCACUGACAGAUUACUUCAUUUACUCUUUCAGCACUUAAUUAGUUUUCCAUUGAAGAAUCCUAAGCUAACUACAAUACGAUAAUCCCUUACCUUCAAAUAUGAAUGAUCUCGCAAUCUCUCAGGUGCACUUUGUAAAUUUAUGCAUCAAGUUAUGUUGGUGUCACGAUUAAUCAGUUUAGUUAUCAAAGCACAAACGUGGAACUAUUGGCGGAUCUGAGCUAAUGUAUAUUACAUAUUGAUUACAACUCGCAUGAUGACCGCGUCAUGUUAUAUGCCCGCACAUUCAUAUGUUUAUAACUUUAGAUAUUGAAUUACAAGUUAUAUUUCUGCUCCAUAUCAAUGUUUUGUUUGCAUGGCCUGAAACUCAUAUUAGGGCAAUCGUGUAGCUUGCAAAGUGGAGCCAUUUCGCUUUUAUUAUCUGACAUCUGUUGAUCGGUGCUGGUUUUGCACAGGCCUUUAUGACUUCUUCUAGAAGUGCUUUGACGAUUUAUUGUAUAUCUGUUUUGAUAUACAUGUACGUUGUCGAAGAGGAAAUUGGAGAAUACCAUGAAUAUUCGAACCUCUCCCUUCCAAUUUGUUACUAUUUUUUCUCCUUUAAGUCCAGAAAACCUUUUUUUCAUAUAAAUACAUCAGGAAACUUUUCUCGUCCGUGAAAAGUCAUUUUGUAGUUUGAGCCUGUAACUUCCCCUCCGCUUUCCAUGUACGUUUUUUUUAUAUCAAAUGUUAGUAGUAACUUAUUGAAUAAUAAACACAUUCAUGUAAAUACAAGCCAUGUUGUGACAGUUAUCAGUGGGAAAGGCAGACCUAGUUGGUUCGUGAGUCCUUAAUUAAUAAAGUGGAUGGCGCUGCGUUGUGCACAAGCUGCUUGUGCAGUGUUAGACUUCACAGAACAGACGAGAAAACCUUGAUGCAUCGAAGUUUGUUAGUUUUACGAAAGUCUGUGAUGUUCUAGUUAUUAUACUGCUCUUUGUCAGCAGAAUUUUAUAUUGUUCAUAUCAAAUUUUGUUUCGUCACGAUAUGGCUGAAAUAUUGCCGAUGUGACGUUAAAAUUUAACUCAUUCACCCACUAAUUAUUUAAGUUACAGUGAACUGAGUUUAUUCACAUGUUAGCUUUCAAAGGUUGUGAUGGAUACUUAUAAAAUCCUCAGUUGAGUUUACUCACUAACUACUGUGAGCGAUUUUUGCAUGACUUCUGUGCUUGUAUAAACACAGUAACUGCUAAAAGCGGCGUAAAACCAUGCUCACUCACAGUAACUGUUAAUCCUCUGCAUUGUGCUGGCAAAUUGGGGAUAAACUUAGUUAGAAUCCUUGUUUAUCUGUGACAUCUUCCAACUGGUGACAUUUUAGUAAACUUUAAAAGUGAUGACGAAUUUUAAUAUUCAUAUUAUUAUAGUUUUUCAAAUUGUAAAUAAAACUUUGAUAAAAUUGUGCUACACU